GGAGGAGCGCUCCGCGGCCACGGCGCUGCGCGGCCCGCGCGGCGACACCUGUUCGCGGCAGCCCGGGCAGCACGCGAGCUCCGGGACGCGGUCCUCGCCUGCCGCUUGCUGCUCGCCUCAUUGCAAGCCGCUGGACCUCCGCGGAGCCUCUGCAGCGUUCUGGAUACUAGCUUUGGACGCCGAAAGUUUUUUUCCCUUCUUUUUGUUAUAUUAUCUUUAUUUUUUGGAGGAGGGACUGGGAGGAGAGAUUUGUCGCCGCCGCCAACGUGAGAUUUUUUUUUUCCCCUUGAAGGAUUCAUGCUGAUGUCUGCAGAGUCGGUUAGAGAGUAAAAACAGCGCAUGCCUUUCUGGAGUCAGGAUCCGUAAAUUCUGACGUAGCCCGAGCAUCUUAAAAAUCCCUGUAAUAUCGCCCAAGCACUUACGUUGCUAUGGUCAUUUUGAUCUCUAAGCAAAUGGAGAAACUACGGAUUUUUUUCCCUUAUUCCGGUCGGAUGGGAUGAAGACCUUUCUGCCUGCUGAGAGUCGAGGCUUCAUAUAUGUAGAGAUGCAUAGCUGUGUUGAUCAAUGUCAGUGUGUGAGUAUAAAGUGGUGGCUUCUUAGACUAUCAGUGGUUUGACCUUGAACCUGUGCCAGAGAAACAGCCGAUUACUUUUUUAUGCAUUGGAUGGAUUGAAGAAAAGAACCCUUUUUCCCUCUCUGUCUGCAACUGCAGCAAGGGAGGGGAGUUGGAUAUACCUCGCCUAGUGUCUCCUGCUUGAUACCGUCAUUAUUGUUUAUUCUUGUGCUUAAAAGCCGAGUCCUCUGAUGGCUCCCUUAGGUGAAGUUGGGAGCUAUUUCGGUGUGCAGGACGCGGUACCGUUCGGGAAUGUACCGGUAUUGCCGGUGGACAGUCCGGUGUUGCUAAGUGACCACCUGGGUCAGUCCGAAGCAGGGGGGCUGCCCCGGGGACCCGCAGUCACGGACUUGGAUCAUUUAAAGGGGAUUCUCAGGCGGAGGCAGCUGUACUGCAGGACUGGAUUUCACUUAGAAAUCUUCCCCAACGGUACUAUCCAGGGAACCAGGAAAGACCACAGCCGAUUCGGCAUUCUGGAAUUCAUCAGUAUAGCAGUGGGCCUGGUCAGCAUUCGUGGUGUGGACAGUGGACUCUACCUCGGCAUGAACGAGAAGGGGGAGCUGUAUGGAUCAGAAAAACUAACACAGGAGUGUGUGUUCAGAGAACAGUUUGAAGAGAACUGGUACAACACCUACUCUUCCAACCUGUAUAAACACGUGGACACUGGAAGGAGAUACUAUGUUGCAUUAAAUAAGGAUGGGACUCCAAGAGAAGGGACCAGGACUAAACGGCACCAGAAAUUUACACAUUUUUUACCUAGACCAGUGGACCCUGACAAAGUACCUGAACUAUAUAAGGAUAUUCUAAGCCAAAGUUGACAAAGACAGUGUCUUCACUUGAGCCCUUAAAACAUAACCACUAUAAAUGCUUUCAUGCGGUGGGUUCUUAUUGAUUAGCAGUGCCGUCACCUCAGCUCCACUGUUGCCAAACUUUGUCGCAUGCAUAUGUUAUGACGGAAGCUUGGAUGAGGACUUGCCGAUUUGCUCUGCACUUACUGGCUGGUCCUCCUGGAGGGCUGCCUAGGGCCACUUGCUUGAUUUAUUGUGAAAGCAGGGGAGAGAGGGUGCGAGUGCAUGAGUGAGUAGCGGGGGACUGCAGCGCGCCACGAGGACAACGGCCUGAUGCAUGCUGGGAAAUAGACACGCUUUUACAUUUUGAUCAGUUGAACUUCAUCCUAUAUCAGCACAGCUGCCAUACUUCAACUCAUCAGGAUUUUUGGCUGGUGGCCUGCUCAAGGGAACACUGCCUUUCCAUAGGCAUGGAGAGUGCAGUCUCAUUUAAAAAAGACUAUCAGUUCAUUCUCACUGGUAUCAUAGCCCAGUGAAUUUAAAGCAAAGACCUCUUAGUUUAAAAGGAAAAAAAAAAAAAAAAAAAAAGAAUAAGAAAAGAAAAAAAGAAAAAAAAAA